CUGGCGGUGUGGGCGCGGCAUGUGCGGCAGGCUGAGCUGCACCGCAGCGCAUACACUACAAUGGCUGCUGGAAAGAGGGGAAAGCAAACAAUUUCCAGGCCCGCCGCGUCCAGCACGAAAUAUGGGGAAAAAAUUACAGAAAAAUCGGAGAACCCUGUAAAAGGCGGGAAGCCGGCGCUGAAGGGAUGCUGAGGCUCCCAGGAUCAGCAAAAAUGAGAAGCAGUAGAUUCUGGUUUACUUCUAGAAAUGUCAGUGGAACUGGUUAAGACCAAAAUCUGAAGGUUUAUCUUCGUUGCCCAUCACCAGGUGUGCACUGACAGAGGCUACCAUAAAACUAUUUUGAGUAUGAACAUCUUUUAAAAUGUCCCCUUUUGCUUUCUUUAACGACCACAUGAAACUUGAGAAGCCAUCUAAAGCUAAAUCAUUUAGUGGAGUUGGGCAGGUCCCAAGUGUCCAACAAGAAGGCCUGGUUUAGGCUGCGAUGGCCACUGUCAUUCCUGGUGAUUUGUCAGAAGUAAGAGAUACCCAGAAAGUCCCUUCAGGGAAACGUAAGCGUGGUGAAUCCAAACCAAGAAAAAACUUUCCUUGCCAACUGUGUGACAAGGCCUUUAACAGUGUUGAGAAAUUAAAGGUUCACUCAUACUCUCACACAGGAGAGAGGCCCUACAAGUGCACACAACAAGACUGCACCAAGGCCUUUGUUUCUAAGUACAAAUUACUAAGGCAUAUGGCUACUCAUUCUCCUGAGAAAACCCACAAGUGUAAUUAUUGUGAGAAAAUGUUUCAUCGAAAAGAUCAUCUAAAGAAUCACCUACAUACACAUAAUCCCAAUAAAGAGGCCUUUAAGUGUGAAGAAUGUGGAAAGAACUACAAUACGAAGCUUGGAUUUAAGCGUCACCUGGCUUUGCAUGCUGCAACAAGUGGUGAUCUCAACUGUAAAGUAUGUUUGCAGACAUUUGAAAGCACAGGGGUGCUGCUGGAGCACCUAAAAACUCAUGCAGGCAAAUCAUCAGGUGGAGUGAAGGAGAAAAAACACCAGUGUGAACAUUGUGAUCGACGGUUUUAUACCCGAAAGGAUGUCCGAAGACACAUGGUAGUACACACUGGAAGAAAGGACUUCCUCUGUCAGUAUUGUGCACAGAGAUUUGGCCGGAAGGAUCAUCUAACACGGCAUAUGAAGAAAAGUCAUAAUCAAGAACUUUUGAAAGUCAAAACAGAGCCAAUGGACCUUCUUGACCCAUUUACUUGCAAUGUUUCUGUGCCUAUAAAGGACGAGCUGCUUCCUGUGAUGUCUUUAUCUUCCACUGAACUGACAUCAAAGCCAUUUACAAACACUCUACAGUUAAAUCUAUACAACACACAACUUCAGUCCAUGCAGAGUUCAACAUCUGCACAUCAAAUGGUUGCCACAUCAUUACCUUUAGGAAUGCCUUGUCCAAUAGAUAUGGAAUCAAUCCACCCUUCUCACCAGCUUUCUUUAAAAUAUCCACUCAGUUCUACCUCAUAUACAGUUUCUAUGACUGAGAAAGACCAGCCAUUGAAAGGGGAAAUGGAAAGUUACUUACUGGAACUGCAAAGUGGUAUGCCUUCUUCAUCCCAAGAUUCUCAAGCAUCAUCAUCCAAGUUAGGGUUGGAUCCUCAGGUAGGUCCACUAGAUGAUGGAUCUGGGGAUGUUUCUCUUUCGAAAAGUUCUAUUUCUAUAAGUGAACCUCUAAAUACCCCAUCACUGGACUUCUCUCAGUUAUUCAAUUUUAUACCAGUAAAUGGACCUCCUUUUAAUCCUUCUGUUUCUGUGGGAAAUCUUGGAAUGAGUUAUUCACAAGAGGAGGCACACUCAUCUAUGAUUCAGCUUCCUCCACAGGCACAAGAUCUUCAAGACCCUGGUAAUGGUAUUAAUCUUGGGUCUCUUCACUCAUUAUCUGCAGCUUUUACUAGUAGUCUGAACACAACCACAACUCUACCACGUUUUCAUCAAGCGUUCCAAUAAGAUGAGAAAAUGGCCUUGUGACAAAUGUGUAGAAAUGCCUUAGAUGACAGUAAAUACUGUAGUGCCUACUAUGUCAUUUGUAAAUCUACUUUUGUACAGUAUCAGUCUCACUAAGCCAGUAUAAAAUUCAAAUUAACUUUUAAAAUAGUUUGAAUGUGUUCAUUCACAGUUGUUUACUCUGGUUGUUAAAACAAUCUGUAUCCUCACUGCCAAUAGAUCCACAAUUUUAAAAAAAGUGUAUGGAAAAAAUAUUUCCAGAACAUUAUGGAUCUCUUGUUUUAAAGCUUCAUUGAGAUUUGAUCAUUUUUAUGGUAAUUAAAUGUGGCUCUUCUGAUAAUUUUAAGAAAGAACAAAACAGUAAAACGACACUUUCACCAAAAAUGUAUAAAACAACUGAGACAAUGAUUUAUGAGUGCAUUUGUCACCAAUAUGAAAAAUUGUCCAGCUUUUUACAUGUAGACUUCUAAGAAGCUCUGAAGGACCUAUUUUUUCUUAAAUAAUUUCACUAUUAGGCAUGAAAAUGUAUUUCUUCAUUUAAGUGCAAUUACAAAGAAGUGUGAUUUGGCAAAAAAAAAAAAAGUAUGCCUUAUUGGCAACUCUAAAUAGAGACAAAAUUAAGAGCUUACCUUGAAAUAUAAAUAUUUUGGUUUCAUCAUUCUGUAAAUAUCUGUCAUUUCCUAUUGUCAUUUAAAAGAUGAAUCAAAAUCUGCCAAAAGGUUUCACAUGUUGAUUUCUAUUUGAAGUUAGAACAUGAAUGUAAAUCCACAAAUAUAUUUUUCCAUAAUUACAUUGGAGCUAAUCAUUUUUGAGUUAUAUUUCAUGAUAUCUAUUAUCCCCUGUGCAAGACCUUUGCUGGUAAUCUUCCUUACCACACCUGGAUAUUUGGCUAGUGAUUUUUUUUCAAUGCGAAGAAUUUAAAACAGGACUCUCAGGAGUGAAGUAAAAGCAUAUUGCUUAUGCCACUUUUACUUAAUAUUCAAGGUAUUUAAAAAAAACUAAUAGCAAAACAGCUAUUCAUGCUGUAUGUCAAAUUGCUAUUCUUUUUCAAAACAUAUUCUUAUAUUCCCAAUAACCAAAA